AUGACCGAUCAUUUUGACGAGGAUUCAGGCGAUUAUCCGCUGAUGAUGGCCGGACCGCAGUGGAAGCGAUUUAAACAGGCGCUUGCGGAUUUCGUUAUGAUGCUGGUGAACAAAUGCAAAUCCAGCUAUGUGUUCGAUCAACGCCUCAUGGACGGUGUUAUACAGCUACUCACUGGUCUGGCGGAUAGUCAACUCGAGGACAAAACGGAAGAUAUUCGGCAAAUGCUGACGUACAUUUUCAAGAGUGUCUUUGUCCACCGUUAUCGGUAAGA